UAUGUUUAAAUGGCUUGAGUGCAAGCUGACAGCAUAUCAAUAAGCAGCAGGUUACUGUAAUGUUAUCUGGUGUGAGGUGAUACAAGUGACUCCAUUAUCGGACGCUAGUGCCUAACAGCUCUGUGUGUGUGUGUGUGUGUGUGUGCUGCUCUAGUUAGCGUGUUUGUGUGUGUGCUUGUUGCCAGCCGUCAUCAAAACAAUUGGGACAGCUUGAAUUUUAUUAGUGCAAAGCUGGCAUAAAAAUGGCAUCAAUAGCAGCGGCGCAUGAGGCCGGUACCAGCCCGGGGUCCAUACCGCUGGCCGAGGCUUUAGUCCCCGCCAGUAUAUUCGCUCCGGACCGGGGAGGAUGCGGGGAAGACGCCGGGGAUGAGUGCUUCGACGACGGGGACAUUUUCAACGGCGAGCCGGAGGAGCGAGGGGUUGACUUCACCAACAAGCUUGCACUUGUUAGCCCAAAUGGAGAGCAGUAUGACUCAUUACUUCGCCAGCUACGAGACAGGAUGGAAGAGGGAUGUGGAGAGACCAUCUAUGUGGUUGGGAUGGGCUCAGAUGGUGGUGACUGGGGUCUGGAUGAGAAGGAUAUGGAGGCCUCAGUAGCCACGGUGCGAUCUAUGUGUGAGCAAGUGGAUGCUGAUCUUAUUACGCUCCGAGAGCGAAAUGAGGCUGCAGGUUUGGUACGCGACUAUCUGAUCCGCAGGCGUGUGGGCGAGCUGGACUUCCUGGAGGUCAGGGUUGCAGUCGUGGGUAAUGUGGAUGCCGGGAAGAGUACUCUGCUGGGAGUGUUAACGCAUGGAGAGCUGGACAACGGCAGGGGCUUUGCCCGGCAAAAGCUCUUCAGACACAAACACGAGAUGGAGAGUGGCAGGACCAGCAGUGUGGGCAACGAUAUCCUGGGGUUUGACCAGGAGGGACAGGUGGUGAACAAACCAGACAGUCAUGGAGGAAGCCUGGACUGGACCAAAAUCUGUGAGAAGUCCUCCAAGGUCAUUACCUUCAUUGACCUGGCGGGCCAUGAGAAAUACCUCAAGACCACCGUGUUUGGGAUGACCGGACACUUGCCUGACUUCUGCAUGCUCAUGGUGGGCAGUAAUGCAGGUAUCGUAGGGAUGACCAAAGAGCACCUGGGCCUGGCCUUAGCGCUGAAUGUGCCUGUGUUUGUAGUGGUAACCAAGAUAGACAUGUGUCCAGCCAACAUCCUGCAAGAGACAUUGAAGCUGCUCCAGAGGUUACUGAAGUCCCCCGGCUGUAGGAAGAUUCCUGUCCUGGUACAGAACAAAGACGACGUCAUAGUCACAGCUUCAAACUUCAGUUCAGAGAGGAUGUGUCCCAUCUUUCAGAUCUCCAAUGUGACUGGAGAGAACAUGGACCUGCUUAAGAUGUUUCUCAACCUGCUCUCCUCCAGGACCUCCUACAGAGACGACCAGCCUGCUGAGUUUCAGAUAGACGACACCUACUCUGUACCGGGAGUGGGAACAGUAGUAUCAGGAACUACUUUACGUGGACUUAUACGACUGAAUGAUACAAUGCUGCUUGGGCCGGACCCCUUGGGCAGCUUCAUCCAAAUUGCUGUCAAAUCAAUUCACCGCAAGAGAAUGCCUGUAAAGGAGGUCAGAGGAGGCCAGACUGCCUCAUUUGCUCUCAAAAAGAUCAAGCGUUCGUCCAUAAGGAAAGGCAUGGUGAUGGUUUCCCCAAGGCUAUGCCCACAGGCCACUUGGGAGUUUGAGGCCGAGAUCCUGGUUCUGCAUCAUCCCACUACGAUAUCCCCCAGAUACCAGGCCAUGGUCCACUGUGGCAGCAUCCGGCAGACAGCCACCAUCUUGUCUAUGAACAGAGACUGCUUACGAACAGGGGACAAGGCUUCAGUCCACUUCCGCUUUAUCAAGACCCCCGAGUACCUGCACUGCGACCAGAGGCUGGUGUUCAGGGAGGGCCGCACCAAGGCCGUGGGUACCAUCACUAAGCUGUUGCAAUCCACCAAUAAUUUACCAUCAAAUUCCAAACCACCACAAAUCAAAAUGCAGUCUACAAAGAAGGGACCACUGCGAAAAGAGGAUGGCACCGCAACCAGCGGUGAUGAUGUAGCAACGAUAGCACAGUCAGCAUGCCCAAACACAACACAACCGUGAUAGGAAGGACUCUGGCCUCUUCUCUGGAGGACCCGACUCUGAAGGAAGGAUCCCACCAAGGAAGGAUCCUUGACUUUGGGAUACAGCCUGUGUAUUACGAAGCAAGAUGGUCGAGUUCAUUUCCUGGCGAUCUUGAUACAUUUGAGUAAAUGUUUUCUGGUUUAGGAGGUGCCUGAUCAAGUGUUUUUGUUAUCUCUCCUUUUGCAGCCAAAGUCGGGAGGAGGUGGAAGGAGAAGGGGCGGCCAGAGGCACAAAGGAAAAGGCCAGAACAGCAGCACCAACUCCACAGCAGCUCCCUCCCCGUCAGGAACAGGAGGCUCCUGAACUGCCCUUGUGUCCCUUGUGAACCUCCCUCUCUGCUAUCAUUCCACCAAGUGUCUUCAUUCCACAAACCAUGAAAGAUAUUUGGAGAAAGACACUCCUCAGUCUUAUCACUCCUUGCCUUUUUACACCGGGUCCUAUAGUUUUUUAUUUUUAAGGGACGCAAAGGGUGUGUCUCACACCGAAAGGCAAACACCCUUUAUGCAUUUUAACGUCAGCUGCCUUUACUAUUAUUGAAUGGUUUGGGUGAUGGAAAGUAGUGUGGUUUUUGAGGUGAGCCUCACUCAGGAUGAUUUAUUUAAUUUUAUCCAUAAUUUAUGUGUGUAGGAAAUCUACAAUUCAGUCCUCUGGCUCAGUGUCAGUGGCAGGGAGGGAGGCCAAGCUAGGGCUGCACGAUUACGGCCAAAAUGAUAAUCACGAUUAUUUUGAUCAAUAUUGUAAUCACGAUUAUUCAUCAUGUUAGGGAAAACAUCUGGAUUUUUAUUGUACUACUUUUAAACAAACAAUAGGAACAGUUUUUAAUUUGUGUACAGAGUGUCCGCUGCAUGUUGUAAACAAACAGAGAUCGCUAAGUGAAGCCUAUUAGCAAUUUGCAGACUGGACGCUAAGGGGUUAACAUCCCCUCCAGCUCUGCAGCUGGGAGAGACUGCUGCAGGAGGACUGUGCUGCUUGAACUCUUUCUUACUCUUCUUUACGAGCCGCGGGGGCCAGAGGCUCGUAAAGAAGAGUAAGAACGAGUCUCCAAAAGUCUCCAAUAACACCAGAAAAAGUCGCUGGAUUUGUCUCCAGUCACUUUUGCUAGGUUGGCAACACUGCUUCGCCGGGUGUUGCCGUGGCGUCGAGUACUACGUCACAUCCUGCUAAGCAUUCUAUCCAAUCAGCAACCAGGCUGUUUUCAGGGGAGAAACACGGCCCCGCCCCCUGGUGGUUGGUGGACUACUGGUGUAGAAAGUGCUUGAUUAGAUCUGCAGGAGAGCCGCAUUUUAAAAUGGAAAUAUCGCCGACGAUCAGGUUAAUUUAAUCGUGGCGGCCAAAAUCGUGAUCACAAUUAAAAUUUGAUUAAUUGUGCAGCCCUAGGCCAAGCCCAAAACAAGGGUCCAGUACCAAUAUGAGCAGCUAUACGUGAGAUUCCCCGAUGCAUUCCCUGUGUAUUUGCAAUGAAAAACAGUUCAUAUACUAUUUAUACUGCAUAUGUACAUUAGCUGUUAGUCGGCUCCUAUUGGAACGAUGCCAUUGUACAAAACAUAUGCAAAUCAUAAAUGAAUGUAGCAGAGGGCACAGUGAUUUUAAAUUCUAGAUAUAUGGAAAAUAUAAGCUGUUACAUUUUUUUAUAAUUUUAAUUAGUUAUUUAUUUGGCAUACAUGCAGAAGGUUCACUCUCAUGGUCUUUAAUCUUUCAAACUACUCACACUCACUCGUAGAUUCAGUAGGAACCAUCACGCUUCCACCGUCAGUCAGCCAACCUUACUUAUAAAAAUUGUCUUAGUACAAACAAAUACAGCAAAUAAUCUUUUCACUCCAAUAGUUGCUCAUGUUUAUAAGACAUGCAGUACUUUCAGUGCUACUUGUAACUCUAGUACCCCAUGCGUUUAUAGCCUGUUGUUAAGAUGUUGUGACAUUUUAAAACAAAAGUUGCCGCUAAAAACUGACCAUUAAUAAACAGGCUUUACUGAACUUUUUAA